UGUCGCCCCCUGCAGCCCAAGCCCUGCCAGUACUGCAACAUCAUCGCGGCGUUCAUCGGCAACAAGUGCCAGCGCUGCACCAACUCGGAGAAGAAGUACGGCCCGCCCCAGCCCUGCGAGCAGUGCAAGCAGCACUGCGCCUUCGACCGCAAGGACGACAGGAGGAAGGUGGAUGGCAAGCUGCUGUGCUGGUUGUGCACUCUCUCCUACAAGCGUGUCCUGCAGAAGACCAAAGAGCAGUGCAAACACCUGAGCAGCUCCUCCCGGGCCAGCCUGCAGGAGAAGGAACAGUACAGCAGGCUCAGCGGGGGCAGCCACUACAACAGCCAGAAAACCUUAUCCACCUCUUCUAUUCAGAAUGAAAUCCCAAAGAAGAAAGCCAAGUUUGAUGCCAUAUCUGCCAAUGGUGACAG